AUGCCUCCGCCAUCUCCAACUGGUCGGAUUGCCAACAAAGAGAACACGUUUUUUGGGUCAGGCAAGGCAAAAGAGGUCCGUCCAAAUGGCUCUAUAGAUAGGAGCCGGCCGGUGCUCGGGCUCAAGAGCUCAAACACAGCGAUGCGCCCCGCCCUAGGCCAAAAAGUCGCUUCUCGCCAACAAAGUCUACCGCUGCAAAGACAGGUCUUGUCGACAAAGCAGCCAAUUUUUGCCUCUAGAUCGUCUAGCUUCGAAUCUUCUGUGUCAAUUGCUACCAUGUCGCCUUCAGCGCGCCCGUUUUCUAGAGAAAAAACCCUAUAUCCAAGGCCCCUACAUCCCAUUGAUUUUUCCAACCUAGACUUGGACCCCGAGGUUGCCGUGCCGGCCCCUAAUCUGCUGGAUUUCGACAUGUUCGACGAAGAACUCGAAUGCGAUCUACCCACCCUAAAACUACCUCCUCUGCCGGACCUUGACAAGGCCCCCGACUUUGAUAUGAGCUUCGACGAAUCCGAUAUCUCGGUCGAAAGUAUUUAA